AUGACUGAAAAUAUUGAUAAUGUUCUUGAACAAUAUUUUGAGAAACAAAAAAUAGUAACUCUACGACAAGAAAUGAUUAAUUCGAUUCGGGUGGAUUCUGAAGGACAUUUGCUCAAUGAACUAUUUAGUUUUGACAACGCUGAAAUGUUAUGCGAUCAGCUUGAAAAUUCUGAUCUCAGCGUCAAAGCGGAUCUUGAUGACAAUAAACACAUAAAAGAAUUUGUUGAUUAUUAUUGUGACAAAUUUGCUGAGAAUGAAAUCGAUCGAAAGAAAGUGAACCAAUUGGAAAAUGAAUGUCAUAAGCACACUCCUAUUUGGUGGUAUACGAGUGAGGGAUUUCCUUAUAGUGUGCUGAACCGUGCGUUGCGGCUGGUGGAUGGUGAAGUGAUUACAUUAAUGGGCUUUUUCGUCAAAGAUCUUCAUCGACACAUUGAAGAACUGCACAGAGAGCAGUUUCUUGAUACCUCGAUUGCUGAAUGUCUCACAGUUUAUCGAGGUCAAUAUUUGACGACCAAGGACUUUGAUGAACUGGUGGCAUCCAGGGGUGGACUAAUGUCAUUCAAUAAUUUCUUGUCAACUAGCCGAAAUCGCCAUGCUUAUCUACUAUUCACUUCAACAAAUAAGAUAAACCAGAGCGUUGUCAGUGUUCUAUUUGUGAUGACAGCAGAUCCGAAACAAUUAACAACACCAUUUGCUUCGGUUCGACACGUCAGUCAGUAUCCCGAAGAAGAAGAGGUGCUGUUUUCGAUGCAUAGCAUCUUCCGCAUAAACGGUAUCAAGCCAAUGGUAGAAAAUGAAGAAAUGUAUGAAGUGGAGUUAUCGCUGACUAACGACAAUGAUGAAGAAUUGUGUGCGCUGACGGAUCAGAUUCGAAAAGAGAGUAUUCCAUACGCAGAAGGAUGGAUGCGAUUGAGUAUCAUGCUUUCGAACAUAGCACAAUCAGAUAUGGCUGAACGAAUCUGUCGAAAUCUGAUGAAUGAAAACGCGCACGAAACCGAUGCGAAAGAUAUUUACAAUCAACUGGGAUCGAUUAAAUACCAGCAAGGACAAUAUGAAGAGGCCACAGAGUUGUAUAAGAAAUCACUUGAGCUUCGAAUGAAAUCGCUUCCUCCCAAUCAUCCUGAUGUGGCAUCGUCGUACAACAACAUUGGCUUAGUGUAUUCUGCCAUGGGUGACUAUCCAAAAGCACUUUCAUCGUAUGAACAAGUUCGCAAUAUUCAAAUGCAAUCACUUCCUCUCAAUCAUCCGGAUUUAGCUAUAUCCUACAACAACAUUGGCAAUGUUUAUUCCGACACGAAUGAUUAUGCAAAAGCGCUCUCAUUCCAUGAAGAAGCUCUUAAAAUUCGACAAGAGUCACUGUCUUCCAACCAUCCUCAUGUAGCAUCAUCCUAUAACAACAUUGGCAAUGCGUAUUUCGACAUGCGCGAUUAUCCAAAAGCUCUGGCAUCACAAGAGCGAGCUCUCAAAAUUCGAAUGCAAUCACUUCCUCCGAAUCAUCCUGAUGUUGCUUCCUCGUACAACAAUAUUGGCAACGUCUAUUUCGCCAUGAGCGACUAUCCAAAAGCACUUGCAUCAUAUGAACAAGCUCUUAAAAUUCGGCAACAAUCACUUUCUUCCAACCAUCCUGAUGUGGCUCUAUCGUACAACAACAUCGGUAAUGUGUAUUCGCAGAUGAACAAUUAUUCGAGCGCUUUGGUGUUCUACAACCACGCGCUCAGUAUUGGGCAACGAUGUUUACCUUUGACUCAUCCUCAUCUUCAACUGUAUAAAACAAACGUGGAAACUGUACAAAACAAAUUCUAA